AUGUGGCAUGAUGAAGUGUUGGUGACGAAUGGAGAUUCGAUAUGGGGUCGUAUGACAGCUCUGGUCACUUCGUUGGUCGGGCACAGGUGCACACCGCGUGAAAGAGCUGAUGCUUAUGAGCAGUUACUGCUCUCAUCAAUUAGAGAUGAUGAUAAGCAAUUAGCAGUAAGUGUUUAUCAAAGUGUUCCAAUCGAAUCAAUGAUUAACGAUGCAGCUGGAAAACUGGCGAAAAUUGAGGACAAAAAUAGGACGGCUGAUAAAUUUCGUCGUAAAAUUGGUUUACUUCGAAGAAAUGGCGAUGAGAAUGAUGAAAUAUUGAGAUUUUUAUUGCUGAUGGCCGACUGGGAUGGAAUUCUGAACAGUACUCCAAAAUCGCUUUUCGAGCUACCACUGCGUGACACAUCAAAU